AAUGCACCCGCGCCCCCCCCGUCUCUCCUCACCCGCUCACGCAAAACACAAGAGUGAGAAGGAGCAGAGAGGAGAGGGAACAAAGAGGAUGGAGAAGCUGCAGGAGCCGAUCGCCACCUCUUCCUCUUCCUCUCCCUCGCCGCACUCGUCGUCGUUCGCGAGUCUCGGAGCGUACGGUCGGGCGCUGGCGGAAACGCACCGGAGGCUCGGGCGGCGGGCCGCGUCGGUGACGACGACGUACGAGGAGAUGAGCCGGGUCCGGGCCCGAUCGGGGGCCGAUAUGGCGCGGUCCCUGCGGUGGCCGGACCUCGUCGGGUUUGGGCUCGGUGGUAUGGUCGGCGCCGGCGUCUUCGUUGCCACCGGCCGCGCCGCCCGUCUCUAUGCCGGCCCCGCCAUCGUGCUCUCCUACGCCAUUGCGGGCCUCUGCGCCCUGCUCUCCGCCUUCUGCUACACCGAGUUCGCGGUCGACAUGCCCGUCGCCGGCGGGGCUUUCAGCUACCUUAGGGUCACCUUCGGGGAAUUUGCGGCCUUUUUGACGGGGGCGAAUCUGAUAAUGGAGUACGUGUUCUCCAACGCGGCCGUGGCGCGGAGCUUCACGGCCUACCUCGGCACGGCCAUCGGGGUGGACACCGCCGCCAAAUGGAGGAUCAUCAUCAUCGGCCUCCCUAAGGGCUUCAAUCAGAUCGAUCUCCUCGCCGUGGCCGUCAUCGUGCUCAUUUCUAUGUGCAUAUGUUACAGCACCAAGGAGAGCUCGGUCCUGAACAUGGUGCUGACGGCGAUCCACAUCGCGUUCAUCCUGUUCAUCAUCGUGAUGGGGUUCUGGCGGGGGGACGUGCGGAACCUCACGCACCCGGCGAACCCCGCGGAGAGCCGGGGCGGGUUCCUGCCUUACGGGGUGGCCGGCGUCUUCAACGGGGCGGCCAUGGUGUACCUGAGCUACAUCGGUUACGACGCCGUCUCCACCAUGGCGGAGGAAGUGCGAAAGCCCGCCCGCGACAUCCCCAUCGGCGUCUCCGGCUCCGUCGCUCUCGUCGCCCUCCUCUACUGCCUCAUGGCCGUCUCCAUGUCCAUGCUCGUCCCCUACGACGCCAUCGACAAGGAGUCACCGUUCUCGGCUGCGUUCAGGGGAUCGGACGGCUGGGGAUGGGUGUCGAACGUGAUUGGGGCGGGGGCGAGCUUCGGGAUCCUCACGUCGCUCCUCGUCUCCAUGCUCGGCCAGGCGCGCUACCUCUGCGUCAUCGGACGGUCCAGCGUCGUUCCUGCCUGGCUCGCCCAGGUCCACCCCAAGACGUCCACUCCCGUCAACGCCUCCGCCUUCCUCGGAGCCUUUACGGCGGUGAUCGCCCUCCUCACCGACCUCGACGUCCUCCUCAAUCUCGUGUCCAUAGGCACGCUUUUCGUUUUCUACAUGGUGAGCAACGCGGUGGUGUACCGGCGCUACGUGACGGUGGGCUCGACCAACCCCUGGCCGACCAUAUCCUUCCUGCUCGCCUUCUCCUUCGUCUCGCUCACCAUCACUCUGAUUUGGCGAUUCGCUCCUGCUGGGUUGGCCAAGGCGGUGCUGCUCGGCGGCUGCACCGUGGUGGCCGUCGCCGUGCUCCAGGUAUUCAAUUCCCUGGUGCCACAGGCUCGGAAGCCGGAGCACUGGGGCGUGCCACUGAUGCCGUGGGUACCCGCCGUCUCCGUGUUCCUCAACGUGUUCUUGUUGGGCUCGCUCGACGGGCCGUCGUACGUGCGGUUCGGGUUCUUUUCGGUGUUCGCCGUACUCGUCUAUGUCUUCUACAGCGUGCACGCCAGCUUUGACGCAGAACAAAAUGGUCACCUAACAAAAGCGGCAGAGGGGCUGAGCCACCCCGUGGGAAGAGAACACGGUGGUGCUUCCGGGGUAUAAUUUUGGGUGCCGGGAAGUACCAUUUUUCUUAAUUGUAAUUUGGAUUAUAUGGGCUCCCAAUGAACGGAAAAGACACACUCGCAGUAAAAAAAAAGAGUCUAAAAGAAAAAGGAAAACAAAAAACCAUAUACCUGAAAGCUGUAUCGUAGUGGCAUCUAAGUUGAUGAUUUCUAUACUGUUCCUUCUGAGAGAGAGUCUGUCCCAUUUUGAUUC